AUGAAGUUCAAUCCCUUUGUAACUUAUGACAGAAGCAAGAACCACAAACAGCAUUUCAAUGCACCUUCUCACAUGAGGAAGAAGAUCACGUCUUCUGCUCUUCCUAAAGAGCUGAGACAGAAGUACAAGGUUCGAUCCAUGCCCAUUGGAAAGGAUGAUGAAGUUUAGAUUGUCUGAGGACACAACAAAGGCCAGCAGAUUGACAAAGUGGUCCUAGCGUACAGAAAGACAUAUGUCAUCUACACUGAAUGGGUGCAGCCAGAAAAAGCUAAUGGUGCAACUGUCCAUGUGGGCAUCCACCCCAGCAAGGUGGCUAUCACCAGGCUAGAGCUGGACAAAGACCACGAAAAGCUCCUGGAAAAGGAAGGCAACUCUGGACAAGUAGGAAAGGAGAAGGGCGAAUACAAGGAAGAAACGAUUGAGGAGAUGCAGGAAUAG